AUGCCCAUCUUCCAAGACGAUCUCGAACAUCACCACCAUCGCCGUCCGUCCGUAGCCGAGACUACCACGGCCGCGGCGCCAGAAACACCACAUCCACCCAUACCACAACACCGACCGUCGCCGAUGAGAAGACUCUCCGAAGAGAGCAUACGAACCGAGCUAUGCGAAGGCCCCAUUGUGGAAAGCCCGACGAGGCCGUCAACCCCCGAGACCGACACCGAUGCCGCCGCCGCCGUCAUCUCUGACAGGGCCGAGCUGAUUGAGCGGCUGAAGCGCGGGGAGAGCCCGACGUGGAUCCCGAACCGCCGCCUCGAGUCGCUCUUCAACAACCUGCCCCGCCCGAGCACGCCGCAAAGCCCCCGGCCGCCCUCGAGCUCGUCUAGUCUCCUACCGCCCGCGAGCAUCACCCCGGAUAGAGCAGCCGCCGACGGCUCACGAGAGGAGGAUGAGCGGCUGCGCGAGGGGUUGAGCAUACAGAGGCCGCGGUCUGCUCUGCACAGCGGCGACUUCACAGAGGAUCAUCAGCCGAGGCCGCGGUCGCAGCACGAAAAGCAACAGACGGCGCAAGAGGAGGAGACGCACGGCGCAACCAACAAGUUCUUGGCUUCGCGCAAUUCAUGGCUCGCAACGUCACCACCGCGGGACUUUUCCCCGUUUCAGUUCGAGGCGAGGGUACCGUUUCCGGCGACGAGUGACGACUACCGAUCCGUCCCGUCCUCCUUGUCCUCCUCCUUCUCGUCCAGCUUCGUGUACAAGCCGCCGACGAGCCCGCUGGUCCAGUCCGAGAGCAACGACCAAAUCGACCUGUCUGCGCCGCUAAACAGCAUCGCCAUUACCGCGGGAUCCCCAAGCUUCGUAGGCCCCUCGCGUCGACACACCCUGAACUCGGUCACGUCGUCCCCCUUUGCGUUCCCCUCGCCCAGCCAUGCUGCGAUUCACAGGCGGUCCUCGCACCGGGGCCCAGCGGCAUUACCGUACCAGGCACACCAGCCGCGGCGCUCCCUCACGUCGAUCCCGCAGGUGCCGCUCCCUGGGGCCUCCUCGCCGCAGACGCCCGCGGCGUUUCUGAGACCCAGGCGGCCGUCGUUCAACUCGGACACCUCCCCCUUGCAGCACGCUUCCAUGGUUGGGUCGUACGAGGAGAGCAUCCUCCGCGGCCGCAUGUCCACGACGCCGUCGAAGCCGCUCGACUUUCUCGCGCAGAUUGGCGUGCUGGGGCUGGGCAAGUGUAAGUCCAGCCUGAGGUGCCCCGCCCAUGUGACUUUGCCGUUCCCCGCCGUGUUCUACAGCUAUGGAGGAGCUUCACAAGGGCGUGUGCGGUCAGAGGAUGGCCCUAGCCCGUACGUCGGCCAGAUUGACCUGGAAAACGGUCUACCCAACCCCGAAGAGGGACAGCGGUCCAAGAGGAAGAUGCAGAGCAGAUACGUCGAGAAACGGAUCGCCGAAGACGACGUCCUCAUGGCGGACGGGUCCUCGGAUCGUGAGGCGCGCCGAGCCGCGCAGCGGGCCAGACGGAGAUCGGCAUCCCCGAGAGCGCCGCCGGGCGGGAGUUAUCGCAUCCCCGAAAAGGGCCAGGUCCAAAUCGUCAUCAAGAACCCCAACAAGACGGCGGUGAAGCUGUUCCUGGUGCCCUACGACCUCGCCGGCAUGGAACCCGGGACAAAGACGUUUAUCCGGCAGCGCAGCUACUCGGCGGGUCCCAUCAUGGAGACGAACACGCCCGGGUUGGAGGAAGCAGCCGCCACCGCCGCCGCCGACCGCCCUAUCCUGCGGUACCUCGUGCACCUCCACAUCUGCUGCCCGUCCAAGGGACGCUUCUACCUCUACAAGAGCGUCCGGAUCGUCUUCGCCAACCGCGUCCCCGACGGCAAAGAGAAGCUCCGCAACGAGACGACGAACCCGGAACCGCGGUUCACGCCGUACAAGCCCAUCCGCGUGAUGCACCCGCCCAUGUCGAGCAGCCACAGCGGACCCGCGGCGACGCUUGCGGCGGAAAAGGCGUUUCGGAGGCGGAGUGCCGGGUUCCCCUUGGUUCCGUCUGCGUAUCCCUACGCCGUGGAUGGUGGGUGUACAUCAGACGGGUUCUCGCACUUUGGCGGGAAUACGCAGCCCGUGGAAGCGGUGCCGUUUGCGCUUUCCGUCUCGGGGCGGGGGCGUGCUCGUCUGGGGAGCGACGUGAGCGAUACCACGAACACGACGAGCACUACCACGCCCGGCAUCCUCUCGCCGCAGUCGGAGCAGGCGAGUAGGCCGACGACCAAGGACGGGUGGGGGGACGCGCAGGUUGCGAGGUAUGAGAAGCUGAGUAAGGGGGAUGUAGGGUACGGCGGCAACGCGUUUGCGCCGUCGUCUGGGCGUGGUGGGAGUCCUGGUGGUGCUGCGGAGGGGUUGCUUUCGCAGCGGUUGCGGUCUUUGGGUGUACAGAACCAGGGACGGGGUCAGGGACAGGGCCAGGAUCAGAAUCAGGGCGAGAUGCCUUUUGGUGGUCGGCCGGAGUGA